GCGGAGCCUAGGUUUUCCGGAUGAGCAGGAGACGGGGGCUCGGCUAGCCGGGGACGGAGCCUGGCCCUGCGGAGAACCCGCCUCGGGAAGGACGCCCGGGAGCCCGGACUGGAAGGAUGAGGAGCUGCCGCCCUGGACUUCAGACGCAGCAGGAGGGAUUUGAGUUAGACGCUGGGAAGGAGUUCCAGGCUGGGAGCGCUGUCCCUCCUCCCAGAGCUGCUUUAAGACGCCCCGCCCGCUGCGGGAAGCCUCCUGGGAGUAACGUUAGUUCAUUCAUCGCUCACUCCUGAGCCUGCUACGUGCCAGGUGCCAGGGUGACAAAGAGGAGCGGGCGUCUGGUGAGGGGUGAUCCGCAGAGCCCAGAGCGGGAUGCCCUCCGGCGGACGCUGAGUGCUGAGGGUGGGGCCGCGUCCCCUAGCUGGGGGCGGACCUGAGGAACCAGAGGCCCUGCAGGUGUGUGGUGGCUGGGCUCUGGGAAGGUGGGAGAUCCGGGUCCAGAUGCAGGAACCUGAAGGAAGUCCCGCGGUGGGGCCAGCUGCAGUGUGUCCCUCCUGUCACCGAAGAACCUCUUCUGCUGGUCUGUGUUUGUUGUUCCGUUGGAAGCAGAGAGAUCCAGAGACCCUGGUUUUUCUGACUGCCAUUCAGUGUCCUUGUUGCUCCUCUGGCCUCACUUGUCUUCCUGUGGAAUGGGAGUGAGCUCAUUCUGUAAAGCUCUCAAGGGCAAGGACGGUGACUUUGGCUCUGAAGGCUCAAGAUAGCGGCCUGCUCUGCUUGUCCAUCUCAGGUCCUCUCCAGAAGGACCUGGCCACCGAAGGGUCGUCUUCUGCUGCUGACCCCCAUCAAAUCCCAUCAUGCCCACAGCCCUGUGCCCCCGAGUCUUGGCUCCAAAGGAAAGUGAGGAGCCCAGGAAGAUGAGGAGCCCACCGGGAGAGAACCCUAGCCCCCAGGGGGAGCUUCCCAGCCCUGAGUCUUCCCGCCGCCUCUUCCGCCGUUUCCGCUACCAAGAGGCGGCAGGCCCCCGGGAGGCCCUGCGCCGGCUCUGGGACCUGUGCCGGGGCUGGCUGCGGCCCGAGAGGCACACCAAGGAGCAGAUCCUGGAGCUGCUGGUGCUGGAGCAGUUCCUGGCCAUCCUGCCCCGGGAGAUCCAGGGCUGGGUGCGGGCCCAGGAGCCUGAGAGCGGCGAUCAGGCUGCUGCUGCCGUGGAGGUGCUGGAACGGGAGCCGGGGAGACCCUGGCAGUGGCUCAAGCACUGUGAAGACCCUGUGGUGAUUGACGAUGGGGAUGGUCCUCCGGACCAGGAGCAGGAGCAGCUGCCGACGGAGCCUCAUAGUGACCUUGCAAAGAGCCAGGACGCCCAGCCCAUGGCCCUGGCUCAGGGCCCUGGGCUCCCAAGCAGACUACCAGGCCAGCUCAGUGGGGACCCAGGUCCACAGGACACUCCCCUGCUUCAGGAGGCGACUUUGAGGGAUGCACAGCAGAUGGCCGCCCUUCAGCUGCCCCCGAACCGGGUUUCUCCUUUCAAGGACAUGAUCUUCUGCUUCUCAGAAGAGGACUGGUCCCUCCUAGACCCUGCCCAGACUGGCUUCUACGGAGAGUUCAUCAUCGGGGAGGACUGCGGGGUCUCGCUGCCUCCACAUGACCCAGCUGCCCAGCUGGACAUCUCCCAGGGAGAGGAGGACGAGCCUCAUGUGGCAGAGCUGCAGGACCUCCAGGGGAAGGGCGCGCCCCAGGUCUCCUACUGGAACUUUCCCAGCCUCCAGCCAUUCCAGGUAGAAGAAAGAAGAAAACGGGAUGAGCUGCAGAUGCCAGAGCUCCAGACCUGCCAGCAGACGGCACUUGCCCAGAGCACCUGCCCCGCCGCAGGCAACGCGCCGUCCCUGGAGCCCGGCCUGGAGGAGGAGGUGACCAUCGAGAUUGUUCUGUCCAGCUCCGGGGAUGAGGACUCCCAGCUCGGCUCCUACUGCACCGACGAGCCGCGGAGCCCCCCGGAGAAGCCGCGCAGUCUCCCCGCCUCCCCCCGGAGCGGCGCCGAGGGGGCCGAGGUGCAGACCUCCUCCAGGAAGUCCUACGUGUGCCCGAACUGUGGCAAGAUCUUCCGCUGGAGAGUCAACUUCAUCCGGCACCUGCGGAGCCGCCGCGAGCAGAAGCCGCACGAGUGCUCGGUGUGCGGGGAGCUGUUCAGCGACAGCGAGGACCUGGACGGGCACCGGGAGACCCACGAGGCCCAGAAACCCUACCGCUGCGGCGCCUGCGGGAAGAGCUUCCGCCUCAACUCGCACCUGCUCUGCCACCGGCGCGUGCACCUGCAGCCGGACGGCCUGGCGCCGGUGAGGGAGCGGGAGCGCGCGGCGCCGGGCCGGCGGGCGGGGGGGGCCGGCGCCCUGCUGGGGAAGGGCCGGGCCAAGCUGGGCUUCCAGUGCUGUGACUGCGGGCGCGGCUUCCAGCGGCCCGACCACCUGGCCCGGCACCGCAGCGCGGUCCACGAGAAGAGCAGGGCGCGGUCCCUGCAGUGCCGCUACUGCGUGAAGAGCUUCUCGCAGAACUCCGACCUCCUCCGCCACCAGCGCCUGCACAUGAAGCGCCGCUCCAAGCAGGCCCUGAACUCCUACUGAGCCGGUCCCGGCCUGCAGGUGCAGCCCCGGCCCACGGGUGCGGGCCCGGGUGCGGCCCCAGUGUCCGGUG